GGUCCCAAAAAUGGAUAUCGAAUACCCGUAUCAGAAAGAACGCCGUGAGUUCGGUCGCCAGUGCCUGUUUUCGGACAAGAACAAGGUCGAGUUCUCGGAAACUGCUAACCAUGAUCUUUUCAAGGAGUACAUCCUUCGGGAUCCGGUACACCUGGGCACACAAUAUAGCCACCAGAUGGCGUUGAGCGAAAUCAAUACCGAAAGUGCGGAAUACGAGAAUCGUGGAAUAUUGCACUCGGAGGGCGGAUGGCCAAAAGAUGUUAAUUACUUGGACCCUGAGCAAACCGUUCGAUAUCGCAGGAAGAUUGAGAAAGAUGAGAAUUACGUGAGUCAGUUGACUACAAUGAUGAAACCAAUGGAGCAUUGUAUUUAUCAGAACAACGCCGUAAAUAUUUAUGAGAACUAUUUUGAGGGAUUGGAGCCUGCUCCACUAAUGGAAAAAAGUAGCUCAAGAACUUUGAAUGUUUAUAGAGAUCCCUCUAUUUACAAACAGCCAGUAACUCAUCUCUCAUGGUCUCCUGACGGUGGCUCAAAAAUAGCCGUAUCCCAUUGCAACAUGAACUUCCAAGAAACAAGCGGAAAAACUGUUUGUUCUUAUAUAUGGGAAAUCGAAAAUCCGAACGCUCCAUUGUUGAGAUUCACUCCAUAUAGUUCUAUGAUUUGCUUGGAAUACAAUCAGAAGGAUCCUACCACACUGGUAAGCGGGAUGUAUAAUGGCCAAGUAGCUGCCUGGGAUACCAGGAACGAAAAAUCUCCGGUAAUGAUUAGCGAACGCGAACACUCGCACAGGGCUGCAGUGAACUCAACGUUGUGGAUCAAUUCGAAGAGCGGAACCGAAUUCUUUUCUGGGUCUUCGGACAGUCAGGUCAAGUGGUGGGAUACAAGAAAGUUAUCACAACCUAUCGACACACUGUUGAUGGAUCCCAUCAAAUCCGAUGAGCAAGACCUUUCGCGUUCCUAUGGAGUUAGUUGCCUGGAGUAUGAAACAUCUAUUCCGACCAGAUUCAUGUGUGGAACGGAACAAGGAAUGCUGUUUUCCUGUAACCGUAAGGGUAAAUCCCCGCAAGAGAAAAUUGUAUAUAGGCUUCAAUGUCACACUGGACCAAUCUACUCACUAACACGUAACCCAGCGUUUGUUAAAAACUUUCUUACCGUCGGCGAUUGGAUUGCACGCAUUUGGUCUGAAGAUUGUCGCGAAAGUUCUAUCAUUUGGACCAAACACCAUUCGGUUAUGCUGACAGAUGGGGUGUGGAAUCCAACGCGCUAUUCAAUAUUCUAUGUGAGCCGUGUAGAUGGAGUGCUGGAUGCAUGGGAUCUACUACAGCAGCAAAGUGAACCAAUUCUAAGCAUCAAGGUCUGUGAUGAGAGCUUGAAGUGUUUGCGUGCUCACGAGGCAGGAUAUUUGGUAGGAGCUGGCAGCAGCAAAGGAGCCACCUUUCUGCUAGAAAUGUCCGACAAUAUGACGUCCAUAAAAAAUGAUAAGCCAUUGGUAACAGCGAUGUUGGAACGUGAAAACCGUCGUGAAAAGAUACUCGAAGCCAAAUCACGCGAAAUGAAGCUUAAAGUUCGUAGCCUACACCGCCAGGAAGAUAAUGUCGAUGAGAAACCGAAAUUAUUCCAAUGCCAAUCUGCAUGUGAUGCUGCCGAACAAGAGUACCUUCAAAUGCUUGACAAAGAAAGGAAAUCUCGUUCUCCGGAUGAAUAUGAUCAAGAAUAUGACCCCAGAAAGAUUGCAAAACAAGUCAAGGAAGAAGCCUUAUCCGACGACGAAAAUCCUGAGUAA